CCUCGCGAGACUUCGCCAGGGCCUUCCUUUUCCAUCUCGGCCGCCAACAUGCCAUCCAGACUGAGGAAGACCCGGAAACUUCGGGGCCACGUGAGCCACGGCCACGGCCGCAUCGGCAAGCACAGGAAGCACCCGGGAGGCCGAGGUAAUGCUGGUGGUUUGCAUCAUCACAGGAUCAACUUCGACAAAUAUCACCCGGGUUACUUUGGGAAAGUUGGUAUGAGGCAUUUCCAUUUAAAGAGGAAUCAGAGUUUCUGCCCAACUGUCAACCUUGAUAAACUGUGGACCUUGGUCAGUGAGCAGACACGGGUAAAUGCUGCCAAAAACAAGACUGGAGCUGCUCCUAUCAUUGAUGUGGUGCGAUCGGGCUACUACAAAGUUCUGGGGAAGGGAAAGCUCCCAAAGCAGCCCGUCAUUGUGAAGGCCAAAUUCUUCAGCAGAAGAGCUGAGGAGAAGAUUAAGGGUGUUGGUGGGGCCUGUGUCCUGGUAGCUUGAAGCUACAUGGAGGGAAGUUCAUUAAAAUGUCCAGGGUGCUUUUGUCUUCUGGUCUGAGUGUAGGUUCGUUGACACCUCUACUUCCCUACCUGUGUUUCAAAAACCUCCCUAACAAGUUCUAGGAGUUAAGGAUACCGGGGCCUGGGUUCCUCUGCCAACUCCCCUGAGAAGGGGUAUGCAAGAGAUAGCACCAACACUUAGAGAGGCCUUGGUCCGUUUACUGACUUGACGUUUUCAUUUAUAAAGUGAUAGUGAUACUUGUUGGUGACAUGUACAUGUGUGUAGAUAAAUGUAAAAUAGCUGAAAGGCCUGUUUGUACUGUAUACUCAGAAUUUACAAGUGAAAGAAUGUGUCCUUAACUGUUCCAUGGGGCUCAAAAGGGGAGGCUGUUUUGAUGGGGCAUGGCCUUUAAACACCAGGGAUUUUACAUAUCAAAGUGGUUUAGAGUAUAGAAAGCAGUUGCCAGGAUUUAUGUAUGGGUCCCUGUGCAUAGGAGGGUUAAUGUUCAAAGAAAUAUAUCAUGAAAUGAUAGCAGUUUUUCUUCUAGUCUGUAGUGUAUUUAGUAAAGACAUAUGGAAUAUCCUAAAGGCCAGAAACUGAGUUUGUAUAUCCUGCCCAAAAAUGACGACUGUACAGACAGGACCCUCCUUGAUCCCAGGGUAAAUUAUAAUUUGCUACAGUGUUCAGUGUUCUUUCAAAGAUUUUGAAAUCUCAACUCCAAAUAAAACUUGCAGUCUAGAAUCCUGGCCAAAGAAACAGUUAAGACAGCACUUAAACCUACUAAAACUCAGCUCCUAGGUUUGGUUUGGAGAGUUGUUUUCUUUAGUACUCUAUGGAUUCAUACAUGGGCUGGGAGCCAUGGGUUUCUGUAGGACAAAUCUGUCGUGAUACCCUUUAUAUAAUACUGGGGACUAUCGAAUAAAGGAAGCACCCUGGGGGGAUGGGCUUGAUUUAAAUAAUGGGAGUUAAGAGGUGUCAGUAAGGCUUUACUCAGUUGGACAAACUAAUAACUGGAUCGUUUUGAUUUGCAUCUUACAUGAUGGUGCUGAAGGAUUAAAAGGUGAAGUGAUGA